AUGCUACUGGAAGGCAUCCAGGGCUUCGCUAUGGCCCCUGGACUCCCCAAUAUCGACAACCACCCCCUAGACCCAGGGGGGCAGGCGCUAGGUCUGGUGAACCCCGUAGGGGCCUAUAUAGGCACCCCAGCGGGGACAGCACCACCAGCGCCCCCCGAGGCAAGUGCAACAGUCCCUCAGAGCGAGGGCUUCUUGCCUAGCCUGGAAAUCAACCCUAGGGAGUUGUUUCCCCCCCUAAGCAGCGUGCCAGGCUCCCAGGAAGCACCUAAAACUCUAGGGAAGAGACUACAGGAACACAGCCCUGACGGGGCAGAAAGAGCCCCCAUGAAGGCCCUAAUCGGCCCAGCCUACAAGGACAUGGAACAGGCCUUAUUAGGCCACUUUGCAAGCAGCAAUAGCGCGCUGCACGCGGAGAUGGCCGCUAUGAAGGCCUAUAUGACCUCUCUGGUAGAGGCUAUGGAGCAGCGCCUCAUAGGCCAAUUGGGCGCUCUGGAGCGCCGUUUCUCAACCCUAGAAGCUCAACAGGCCUCCCUGAACGCCCCAAAUCACCCCCUAAAGCCCCUAUCGUCAGGGGGCGACCGCCAGGGCCCACGACAGCCUCUGCCAUCCCAGGGGACGACGUUUGCAGAGGUCGCCCAUGGCCCCCAAGCUAACCCGAAUAGGGCCGCUAAGCCCAUAGAGCCACGCAGAGCCUCACCCCCGAUAUCAAAACCACCCCCUGGGGUGAAGCCCGCAGCAGGCCCCCAGUGGGCCGAUAUAGCGGCCAGCAAUGCCCAGGAGUGGCAAAUCGUUACAAAAAAACGGGCUUACUCCCCGAACCAGCCCCCAAAAGUCCAAAUGGACCCAGGGAGCCUGAAGCCUAUUCGCGGAAGCAAUAAGGGAGACCGCAGGCUUAUAUUUAGGCGUGAAAAUGGCCGCACCGCCUCUAGAAAGUCUAAAGCCGAUGUCAUCUUGCAGCUUAACCGCUGCCUAGCCCAGGUAGGCUUCCCGAACUUCGCCAGGGUAAUAGACGCCAAUUACACCGAAUCAGGGGCUAUCUCAGCCCUAUUGGACCAAGGAAGCACCGUAGGCUCGCUAUUACCAGCCUAUAAGGACCUAUUAGUGGCUGCCUGCCACCGGGUCGACCCCGCAGUCAUCUCAGUGGAAGCAGACCAACAGUGGCACAAGAUUAAGAUAACGCCCACAGGCUACUCGCCCGGGGCGUAUGCUUCGGGGGCAACAGGCACCCUACCAGCCCCUAUCACAAAGUGGAUAAAGAUACCGUUUGCACCCGAUGCUGCGGCAUUGGCCACCGAACUUAUAGAGGCUGCGGCACCUGACCACCACUCUGCACCGGCCCAAACAGGCCACCCAUGCCUGCAUGCACCCACUAAAUGCGGCAACUGUGGGGGGAAGCACCAGGCUGAUUCCCCAGGGUGCCCCAAGCUUCGGGAGGCCCGCCGGCGACUCCAUAAGCGCUUCCCUGGCGUAGAGGUCGUUAUGCCCCCUCCCCCCCCUGAAUGGACUGAAUGGGAAGGCGUUGCUGAGGAGGCUUCUCCCCCAACCACUACCCAGGACGCCCCCCAAGCCCCAAAGCUUAGGGAGGUCGAUGACGCUAUGGAAGAUGCCCCAGGGACAUCACCCCUACCGUACUCAUCCCCGUGUCCAACACCAACGCCUGGAGCUGCAGCCCCUAUUAAUCUUAUAGAGCGGCACUCACUAUAUGUUAAUAACCCACUGGGGGAGGCCACACGCUAUAAGAAGACCGAGGGGGUGUCAAUUAUUGAUUUAGCGUUAUCCUCGCCAACCCUAGGGCCUCUGCAAGCCUGGGAGGUGGAUAAGGAUAAGCCUACAACAUCUGACCAUGAGCUUAUCGUCCUAGCCUGGGAAGCCCUAGAACCCCCCCCAGGAGGAAUCUCCGGGGAGAUUACUGGGUGGCAGAUAGAAGCUCUGCAGGUAAACGAGGAAGCCCUAAAGCUGGCCACAGCAGCUUGGGCCUCAGAGGCUGUAGGCCACCCCCCUCUUAGUGAUCAAUGCACCGAGGAAGACCUUGCUAGAGAGGCCAAUUGGGUGCAGGACACCCUAACCAGCGUACUCGAUAGGCAUGCCAAAGCAGUACGGCUUUGUGCAUGCUCUAAGCGGUGGUGGAAGCCAGAGCUGCGGCAAGCCCGGAGCUUAUGGGCUGCAGCCCGCAAGUGGUGGCAGGCCCAUGCCUGUACCGACACCGAAUUCAAGGCUGCAAGAACCGCUUAUUACCAUGAAAUAAAGGCGGCUAAAAGGACCUGCUGGGAGGUCUUCCUUGCUGAGGGAGGCCCUGGGGGGAAGGAAGAGUGGAAAAAAGGUUCGAACCCCACUGGGAACCCUUUUCCCAAAGGCCCUAGGGAUGGCCUGGAAAAGCCUUCUCCAGGAGAUCCUAAUAGGUGUUGGAUAGCCCUACAGUACACUAAGCCACGGACUAAUCCCACCACCCCAGCACUCCAAGGCCCGGAUCUAGGGGCUCCCCCUGCCACUACCAUGGCCGAUAAAGAAGCUCUAAUCAGGGAAAUGGCAUUUCCUAACGCCCUCUGUAGCUCCCCUCCUGGGGAGCUGCUAGGUGGACAGGCCUAUAUGCUUAUAAUGCUAGAGCGGGUGCAUCAGGCCCUAUUCAGCCAGAGCAUUAAGAAAGCUCUGGGGGCUGACAGGCUUAAUUUUAAAGGAUGGCUAGGCAGUGCUUUCGGCUUGGGGUGCACCCAGGGGUCUGGAAGACCGCUAAAGGCAUCCUACUUCGGAAGCCAGGGAAGCCUGAUUACACCCAGGUGA